CAUGGCGCAUCUAGGGUCAACAUGGCGCAUCUAGAGUCAACAUGGCGCAUCUAGGGUCAACAUGGCGCAUCUAGGGUCAACAUGGCGCAUCUAGGGUCAACAUGGCGCAUCUAGGGUCAACAUGGCGCGCCUGUGCCACGCGCUGCUGGCCGCCGCCGCGCUGCAGACGCACGCCACGCCGCGCCGCGGGAUGUCGUCGUCACCCAACACCACGUCGUGGUGCAAGCUGCAACACCUGGACUCUCCGGAGUGCGAGAAGCGACUGCAAGAGAUCUGCGGCCUUCUGGGCGGCGCCGAGUGCGCUGAGCUGAUCCUCGACCGACUGCUGGAGAUGUUUAGAGAGCAGCGAGGAUGCGAGAUUGCUUACGUCAUGAACCACAUGGCUGCGGGUCCAAACUCAACAGAAAGUUUUUUACGACGGAUAUUAGACACGUACAUAGAAGAAGAUGUGUGGUAUCUCCCGCUCGAAGUAGGGAGUGGUGAGGCGCCCGUGACGUCAGCGGAGACCCUGGAUGUGUCUGUGUAUAACCCGCGAGCGUGGGUGAAGGACAGUGUGCCAGGCCUAUUCGAGGGCGCGGUAGAGACGCGCUACACCGGCAUCAGCUACGACGCGCCGCGGCCGGCCGCGCGCCGCGAGCCCGACAAGUGUGCGUCCCUCGCGCGCGCACAGCACAACACCGCGCUCGCCUGCCUCGCCGCCGCCGGCGUCGGGCUCGUCGCGCGCCGCCUGCGACGCCGCUUCCAGCCCUACCUGCUGCGGACGCUGCCCAUGCUGCUGGAGCGAGUGGGUGAGUGCAGGAGAGAGAGGAGAGCGGGUGAGUGCAGGAGAGAGAGCACCGCGCUUGCUGCCUCGCCGCCGCCGGCGUCGGGCUCGUCGCGCGCCGCCUGCGACGCCGCUUCCAGCCCUACCUGCUGCGGACGCUGCCCAUGCUGCUGGAGCGAGUGGGUGAGUGCAGGAGAGAGAGGAGAGCGGGUGAGUGCAGGAGAGAGAGCACCGCGCUUGCUGCCUCGCCGCCGCCGGCGUCGGGCUCGUCGCGCGCCGCCUGCGACGCCGCUUCCAGCCCUACCUGCUGCGGACGCUGCCCAUGCUGCUGGAGCGAAGCACCGCGCUUGCUGCCUCGCCGCCGCCGGCGUCGGGCUCGUCGCGCGCCGCCUGCGACGCCGCUUCCAGCCCUACCUGCUGCGGACGCUGCCCAUGCUGCUGGAGCGAGUGGGUGAGUGCAGGAGAGAGAGGAGAGCGGGUGAGUGCAGGAGAGAGAGCACCGCGCUUGCUGCCUCGCCGCCGCCGGCGUCGGGCUCGUCGCGCGCCGCCUGCGACGCCGCUUCCAGCCCUACCUGCUGCGGACGCUGCCCAUGCUGCUGGAGCGAGUGGGAGAGAGAGCACCGCGCUUGCUGCCUCGCCGCCGCCGGCGUCGGGCUCGUCGCGCGCCGCCUGCGACGCCGCUUCCAGCCCUACCUGCUGCGGACGCUGCCCAUGCUGCUGGAGCGAGUGGGUGAGUGCAGGAGAGAGAGGAGAGAGCGGGAGAGAGAGCACCGCGCUUGCUGCCUCGCCGCCGCCGGCGUCGGGCUCGUCGCGCGCCGCCUGCGACGCCGCUUCCAGCCCUACCUGCUGCGGACGCUGCCCAUGCUGCUGGAGCGAGUGGGCAGCAAGCACGAAGCGCUGCACGUGUCGGGACUGGCGGCCCUCGAGGCGGUAGCGGAGGCGGGCGGCCAUGACAGUGUCGCCGCGCUCGUGGCCGCCAACGCGGACUAUUUCACGCACCAGGUCACCGUCAGGCUCAAGAAGUCAUGGAACACCGAGUCAGCGCUACAAAUACUCUCAGUAGUGAUGGAGUACAGUGACUCUAGCAUACAAGACUGCCUCUACGGCAUUGUAAAUGAUGUACUAGUCCAAAGUUGUGAUAGAUAUUACGAAAGAAAUCUUUACGCAUAUUUGCAAGUGUUCUAUGCGUUUGUGGAUUGCCUUUACAAGUGGUUUCCCUUGGAGGAGCCACAGAAAACUAAUACAGACGAUGACUUAAGUGCACAAAUAGAUUUAUUCGUCGAUUUACGGGAAUAUAUCAAAAACACUGAAGAGGCUGAAAAGUUAUUGAGUAAUGAGGAGUUUGAGAAAGAGACUGGAAAGAGUGUGGAGGAGAUGUUUAAAGAAGAUCAACAGAAGAAAGAAGACGAUGUUUUAGACUAUGAUGACAAGGUUACAGAAGAGAAACCGCCGUUACCGCAGCACAUAACCGUUCUCAUCGCGAUUCUGAAGCGCUGCGCACACCUCCGCGUCGUGUCCAUCUUAUUGUUGUCUCGUUCAUGAAAUACAGUGAAU